GAAUAGUGACUUUAAGAUGAAGAAGUUAAUAGAUAGAUAAGUUUGAAGUGACUUUGAAGAUGAAGAAGUUAAGAUAACCGAUUCUUGAAUGGCUCUCAAAUUCUUCGGUUGCCAUGCCAACCUUCUCAGCACUCGUAAACUAGUGAAGGUGAACAACUCCAUUGAGAAAGUGAGGGAUCUGGUUACAACAACUAACCUUCCUUCCAUCGCAACUUUCCCCCAAAACUCUCUACAGAAAGGCAAUUGGGUUAAGCUAAUUUGCGGUGCUAGCUUCGAGGAUGUGGCGGAUAUUAGGAAUCUUUCUCUUGUUUACACUCUUGCCGGAGUUGAUUGUAUCGACUGUGCUGCUGAUGCGGCCGUGGUGAAUGCCGUCAAUGAAGGAAUCGAUGCAGCAACAGCAAUCUUCCCUAUUAGAAGGCCUUGGGUUAUGAUUAGUGUCAAUGAUGAUCAGGAUCUUCACUUCCGAAAAGCCGAAUUUCAUCCAGAUGAUUGUCCAAUCGACUGCUCAAGACCAUGUGAAAUUAUAUGUCCUGCUAAUGCAAUCUCCAACCAAGGAGUAACAACAGAGCGUUGCUAUGGCUGUGGACGUUGUUUUCCAGUUUGUCCAUAUGAUAAAAUAAAAGCAAUAUCAUAUGUAAGAGACGCUGCUGCAACAUCUAAACUUCUUGAGAGAGAUAAUGUUGAUGCUCUCGAGAUUCAUACAAAUGGAAGGCAGACCAGUUCGUUUAAAGAGCUUUGGAAUGGUUUGGGAGAUUCUGUCAGUCAUCUAAGCCUUGUGGCAGUUAGCUUACCCUGUGUUGGAGAUUCAACUGUCUCCAUGAUGAACAAGCUGUACUCUAUCCUAGAAAACAAUCUUUGCUGCUUGAAUUUAUGGCAGUUAGAUGGUCGACCAAUGAGUGGAGAUAUUGGGCGAGGUGCCACUCGAGAAUCCAUUGCUUUUGCCCAGCGAUUGGCUUUUACUAAAGAAAAACCUCCUGGCUUUCUUCAACUGGCGGGUGGUACGAAUGCUCACACAGUGGACGGUUUAAGAAAACUGAACCUUUUCCAAAUGCCGCCUUUUGAGAACUCAACCGCGUCUAAUUCAAAUGCUUUGAUUGGAGGAAUUGCUUAUGGCGGCUAUGCCCGCAAGAUUGUGGGAAGGGUUUUGAGUGGUAUGCAGUCAGAGGGUGGUGAGAUAGAGUCAGAUCCAGAUCAUCUGCUCAUGGCAGUUAUCCAAGCCAUGACCUUAGUAGGAGGGGUCAAGUCAUACAAUAUCACUUGCUCAUGAUUCCUUACACUGUAAUUUGUAAAUGUCUUCCAGUACAAUCCUUUUUCAAAUAAUUAUGUUUAUGGAUAAUUAUUAUUAUUUUGUUUAAUCUCUUCUGAUUAAUUAUAGAUAACUCUCCUACUAAA